AAAACUGUGAGUUAAACAGCACAUUUCCAGGAAGAGACAGAGUGAGAGCAUUAGAGAGAGAGACAGAGAGAAGCAGGCAGAGAUUUUUUUGGCAAAAAUAGUGGCCUCAGACAAAGGUUUGUGUGUUUGUUCAGCAGCAGGUCACAGUAUGGCGCUGUUCCCAUUCUGCAAGACGCCCGCAGGAGCAGUCAGAGUGACCAGACUACAGCUGGUCCUGUACGGCUUUCUACUGUCUCUUAUCAUAUACUUCCUCCAUGGACGUAAAGUCGGUGUCAGUGUGAAGUCACCUCAUCCUUACUUUCACGCCGUGGAAAUGGCUGGGGGAAGAGGAAUGACAGACAUGGCCGCUGUCAAGGCAGCACCAGCACAAACUCCUGUAGAGACACCUUGGGGUGCUCCUUUAGUGUGGGGUGACACCCGCAGCUCAGCUUGGCGUAGGACCAAAUAUGCACAACAGGGAAUUCGUACAGGUCUACUAGCCCUAGUGGUGGGAACUUAUGCGCAGUACAUCCGGCGUUUCCUCUCCUCAGCGGAAACCUACUUUCUCCCUGGUCAGAUGGUCACAUACUACAUUCUCACAGAUAAUCCCCGUUCAUUGGAUCCUUCCAUUGAGCUGGGGCCUGAACGAGAGCUGAAGGUUGUUCCUAUUGCGGAGCUGCCUGGGUGGGGAAGGUUGGCGCAGCGCCGUAUGACUCUGCUCGCUGAUGCCAUCAGAAACCCAAUUGGCAGUGAGGUUGAAUAUAUCUUCUGUGCUGACGUUGACCAGGAGUUUGUGGCCCCUGUGGGUGAAGAAAUCUUUGGAGAUCUCGUGGCCACGUUGCACCCAGAGCUGUAUGGGAUGCCACGAAAUGCAUUUCCUUACGAAGUCGAAGAAGUCUCAUCAGCUUGCGUAGAGGAGGAUGAAGGAGACUACUACUACACCUCUGAGCUGUAUGGAGGGCUGGUUUCUGAAAUGUACAAACUGGCUCGUGCCUGUUCUUUGCUCAUUCUGCAGGACCAGGCUAACGGGCUAACGGCCAGGGGCCUCGAGGAGAGCUACCUGAACCGCUACCUGAUCGAUCACAGGCCGACCUGCGUGCUGUCACCAGAGUACAGCUGGUGGGACUCGGACCUGUCUGCUGAUGUACCUGUGCAGAGGCUAGUCUCCUUGGGGAGGCAAUGUGAGGCUUUCGAUAAGGAAAAGAGAGAGCAGUACAGAUGUUGAGGACAACUGUUUUUGUGUUAAAUUUUCUUUGGAGAGGAUCUCUGCUCAAGCACGCAUUUGCAUUUUCUUUACCGCACUUUGGAAUUGUCUUUUCAUUUUCUGAUCUCUUUGCUAGUAAAUGCUGCCUGAAAUAACACAGAAGCAAACUGCACAAUCUGCUCUCAAUUAAAGAGCCAUUUGUGUGAACGGCAUCUCUACAUGCUCACUAUCUCCCCCACACCAGACAAAAAAGAAAUUGACCUGUCUCUUUAAACGAAACACUGUCCUCUCCAUUAAUGUCAGCCUCGGAGAUACUGCUCCAGUGGCUUUGUGGUCAGCUGCGAUAAGAGUCAACAGUGUAAGUGCACACUUUCCCCGCAGUGGCCAAUCAUUAACUGCAAGAGCUGCUGUUUCAAGGUCUUUAAAUACCAGGUGAGGGGGAAAAUGGAUACAACAUGAUGCUGGUUCUCCAAGCUACACAUGUAUAGAAGCUACCGUGUAUAAGCUUCAGCAAAAGCAAAAACAGUUUUGAAACUGGUUCAGGAUCUAUGUAAGACGUUUUUCAUAAAAACUGUUAUUUUCCCCCGUCUAUGCGGUGAAGUAA